UGUGCGCGUUUUGCGAACAGUUUGUAGAUGCGCGUUGAAAGGUAAAAACGCUUGCGCGGAUGUUUAUUGUGGCGUUUGAAGUGGACAUAACGGUAUAUUAUUAUUCGUUUUUUUUCGGUUUAGAGGAACGCGGUGUCGGUAAUCCUUAGAAAUCAAUUGUAUGAAAAAUUACAUAAAAGCAAAAAUUACCGUAAAACAGCGAAUGUCAACACCAGCAGCAAUUUUAAAAACGAGAAAAAGUAGUGCAACAACUCGUGGUGUUUUGAUGACCAAAUUUAGCGUAAAUAAUUGUGUUGAUUUGCAAUGUGAUAAAAAAAAAAGAUUAAUCUUGAAAUUGAGUGCAACAAAAAUACAAAUAAAGUAAGCGGAAAGUUGUAAGGAAAAAAUAUUAACGACACGAAAACUUUAAAAGCAAAACGUAAAUCUACCGAAAAACCACAGAAUCCAUAAAAACUGAUAUUAACGGUAACAAAAAAAAAAUUAUAAUAAAAAAAAAACACAACAACACAGCAAAGCAACGCUGUAAAAGGCGACAUAAAGCAGAAUUGGAGCUACACAAUCUCCACCACAAACAAGAUGGAUGCGGCCAAUUGGUUGCGGUUUGGCCUGUUGCUGGCGCUUGCUUACGCCAAACUUGGUCAUUGCAUUCAGGUUACACCAGAUUCUAAACCAAAUAAUGCCACACAAGUCGUACUACAAGAGAAACUACUUACUGCAGACAACAGUACUGUUAUUGGUGAUUCAGUGUUAAGCGCCUCCGAGCGGAAUCGUCGUUUAAUUCCCUAUAUGGCCUUCUAUUUGCCAGCGGAUUUUCCCAUCAAUCAACAGUAUGCAAUUCAAGGACAACAGCCCAAAGGCGUGCUCACACCACUAAAAUACACCAAACCAAUGACCGUAGUAGAUGGUCCACCACCACCACCGGCCAGUGCUCACAUACCCGUGCCGCAGGAGUACAUGCAUUUGCGCGUACCACCACCGGGUAGCUUGAGCGAUGGCGAGUUAACAUAUACACCGGCCACUGCGCCAGCACCGGCACCACAUCCCCCACAACACCAACAGCAACAUUCUCUACCAAGUGCAGGCGAUGUUUAUCAUCAAUUGGCAUAUGCUGCUGCACCGCCGCACCUACCCCAACAUAGUGCACCACCACAUCCACAAUCGCUCAUCAAUAUGAAAGGUAAUAAAGUGCCAGUGUUGCAUCUACUGCCACCCGGACCGCCUGGUCCGACGGUUGCGCCCAUUAUAAAGCAUAAGCACAAAACGGUACAACAUUUUCCGCCCACAAAGCCGCCAGCUGUGCAACAGCUGCCAUAUGAGCAAUCUCAGUCGGCGCUGCAGCAGCCGCCGAGACAAAACGCGAUUCGUCAUCAUCAUGCCGGGCAACAUCAAUUACAACAACAGCAGCAACAGCAACAGCAACAACAACAAUUACCGGCAUUUACGUCACAACACGAGCUCCAACAACAGCAACAGCAACAGCAACCAGCCUCUUCGGCGCCUCUCCUAUUUCGCCCACAAACCCGUCCAAAACAAUCAAAAGUCAAUUUAACACCAUUUACACCAACCAACACUCUGCCCGGACAUUUCAUACCGAUUAUUUACACGCCAGUGAGCGGCGACGGCAAUGAUGGCGGCAAUAGUGACAGUAACAAUAAUAACAACAACAAUCAUCAUCACGAUGCCAACACUCUCCAUUAUGGCUAUGACACACCGACGGUAGUGCUGGUUGAUGAUCUGUCGCCACCGUUGCAGUCAGUCAAUUUGCCACAUCAACAACAACAACAACAACAGCAGCAGCCACAACCAUUUAAACCCGUCGCACUGGCUCAACGUCCUAUAGCCGCCGACAAUGAAUACACUUUGGUGUCGUCUUCCGAUAUUCCGGUUGAGGCACAACGCCAACAACAACAACAACAACAACAACAAUUGCCAAAAUACAUUACAGCAACAGGCGCACCACCAGCCGCACUAGCGCCACAGCAAGCGGAGCUGCCAACAGGGCCAGCCGUCGGCGCAGCACUGCAUUCACAUUCAACGCCGAGCUCCACAUAUCACAUCAUCAAUGAACCAUCCGCACCUAUGCAUCCAUCAUCAUUAGCAACUGCACCGCAAACACAGCAACAGCAACAACAACAACAACAUCGCCACUCCACGCGUGCACGUCAGAAACAUCCACAACAUUUUCAAACGCCACGACCGGAGCAUUUUUUCGACGACACUCAGCCAGUGCAGGAAUUACAAUUGCAGCAGCAACAACAACAACAACAGCAGCAGCAGCAGGAAUUAUUGCAUCAAGAGGACAGCUAUUCGUAUUUGCAGGAUGGGACAAUGACGCCACAGGAGAAAUACGUACGUUAUUUACAGCAGCGUAUACGUUACAAUAAACAGCAACAAAAACAACGUGACCGCGCGAAGGAGCGUGAAAAUUUCAUUAAACAGCAACAGCAACAACAGGCGCAAUAUCAACAGCCUGAAGAGCCGCAGCCAGAUUCACAAAUUGUUGUCCUUAGCGAUGGUUCGCACUCCACCACCAACGGUCAACAGCGCGAGCAACAACAAUUAGACACAAAUGCCGCACAAGUCAAUUAUCCACAACAUAGUCCCAUAAGACAUGCGGUUUAUCCACAUCCAGAGUUGCAUUUGCCGCCGAAUCAUCAACCGCCGACGAAUGUGGCUACACUGAAACAAGUUGUAAAAAUUCCAGUGCGCACUCUGGUCAGCGAGGCUUUGGAUGCAUUCCAACAACAACAGCAGCAACAUGAGCAACAUCAGCAACAGCAACAACUGUCUGUGCAGAGUGGCGGUGUGUAUAGACAACAGGCUCAGUAUGCCAAUGGUUUGGGACCAUCAACAGGCAGCCAACACAUCGACUAUAUCGUCGAUGAUCCGAAACAAUCACUGGACGACGAGCAACCACAUAACCCGUCCGCAACUGGCGCAACACAUAAACCAGCUACACAACAACAAAAUGCUUUUAUUGUCAUCUCAACCUCAUCACCGCCACAGGUGACACCUGGCAGCAUCAACCAAGAGUACUACGACGCCACCAGCAGGCCACACUACAAGCAACAACCAACACUACGCUUACAACCACUGCCGCCGGCUGGGAGUAAAUUAAAACAUUAUGCCACAAGGCGACCGAUUGUGGUCGCAGCAACACCGGUGGUGCAACACCAACAGCCGCCGCUGUCACACAUACACCCACAAAUGGGUGUAGUAAAAGAGAAAUACUAUUAUGCCGAGAGGAAACCCAGUUUCGGUGAUGUCAUAAAACCGGCUGCACCAGCGGUGAAAUUGCGGCCAGCACACAAAUAUGCAGGAGGUGUGAGUAGCAAGUUGACGCCGCCCGCCGAGCCAUUGCCACUUCCAGCGCCACCACCGGCGUCACAUCAUCACCAAGAAAAGCAGCAAGUGAACUUGCCCGAAUAUUACAAUCCUCCAGUGCCGGUAGCUGCGAAAACCGCACCGAUUGUGGAUCCCAAUCAAUUGCCCGACAUUCGCUCAUCCUCGUUGGCGGAGAUUCUACACAAACUUCAGGCGAGCAACCACUUGCCGAGAACGUUGACGCCGGAAAAUAUUGAUAAUUCGAUUAAGACGCUCGUCAUGAUAUUGGAGAAUCUCAAGCAGACACAAACGAUUGUGCCAAAUCCAUCGCAACAUCAUGAUAGACCGUCCACCGCGCCGGACUAUGAUUAUGGCACGGGCAGUGAAGAGUUGAAUGGUAGUGGUGCGCCCGAUCUCACAGAUGUUUUGUCGCCUGUUGUGCCAAAUAAGCAUCCAGGACCGAGCACAGGUAGAGCCGGCAUCGAUUAUCCCAAUUUGGCUGAUAUACCACAAACGAAUUUCAAUUGUGCGGAACAAAGAUAUAAAGGCUUCUUCGGUGACCCCGAAACGAAUUGUCAAGUUUGGCAUUAUUGCGAUUUGAAUGGUGGCAAAGCAUCGUUUUUAUGUCCAAACGGGACUAUUUUCAGUCAGAUCGCUCUCACCUGUGAUUGGUGGUUCAAUGUCAAAUGCUCCACAACCGCCCAGCUGUAUGUGCUCAACGAACGCCUCUACAAAUAUAUUCUGCCAUUUACGCCGAAAUUCCCAGAAGACUACAGCGGACCACUUGUCGACAAGUAUUUAGCAAUGAAAUUUCAGGAGAUGGAAGAGAAAAUGCGCGUGGAAAAGGAGAAAAUAGAAAAAUCCGCCAUCGCGGCAGCUAUAGCAGCAACGUCCGCAACGCAAACGAGCAACCACAUCGAAAGCGAAGAAGUCAAUGACAGUGGUGGUGACGACGACAAACACACCAACCCAAACCCAAAUACCGCCAAUAACAACGAUGACGACCAAGAUGAAGAGGUGACGACUGUGGCUGACCUACGUACUGCACCGAGAACUUUGAGCGCGCCAAAUAAGCUUGGCGCCAUAAAUACACAUGUUAGUGAACAAAGCUCGGAACGUAAUUUACUGAUCGACGAUGAAGUCGAUGAUAUAUCAAAACGUGGCAGUGUAGAUACCUUUGAGAGUUCCACCAUACCAACUGUGUUGGCAGCGAAACAGGAGGAGGAGGACGAAAGUGACACACGCUCAUUCAAGUUAAAACCGAUUAUAGUUUCCUCUACACAGGGACCGGACUAUGAUGAGGCGGGUGGAGAGGAACUUCAUCAACAUAUACCCGUGGCGCAUAAUGUACGCAAUGCCGAAGAAGCAACAAGUAGAACGUUAACAACAGAAGCGGCAACGCGACCAUCACAGACGACAGCACAAACACAAACACAAGCGCUGUUGAGGGAAAAUCAAAUAGAAGUGCAGUCAUCACCAAAGCCAGUGCGACAAACGAGCAAUAUUGAUGUGGAAAAAGUGGAAGUAAUCGAAAUUAAAGCAGAAGGCGCAACCGGUCAGUUGGGGCCAAAAAUGUACUAUGGGGCGGAGAGCGCAAAGGAUGCGCGAUAAAUGUAAGGAAAAACAUCAGGGUGGAGGUGUUGGUGAGAGAAUUGAGUGGGUAAAAAAAAAAUAAAACUGUGUACUGCUCUUUAUGCGCAAAGGCAGAAAUACAGUUAUUUAGCUGGGAUUCUUUUUUGAAAUACAUAAAUAUGUAUGUAUGUCAUAGAGUGGUUUUAGCACAUUGGCAAAACACAAAGUGAACCACAAUCGAAUGCCAUUUGGGAGUUUUUAAAUUAUAAAAUGCAAUUAUUAUUUAAUUUUUCAAAACUUUA